AUGGCCAGUUCAAGUGGAGAACCUGCUGAUGAAGUGGCUAAUAAGCGUCCUCGUCUGUCGGGUAAUUCCAAAGCCCCCAAACUAGUUGAGCCCCCACCGCCCAAGGUCGCCAACCGGGUGCCCAAGUGCGCCCGCUGCCGAAACCAUGGGAUCAUUUCAGAGCUACGGGGUCACAAGAAGCUCUGCACCUACAAGAACUGCAAGUGCGCCAAGUGCGUCCUGAUCUUUGAGAGGCAACGCAUCAUGGCCGCUCAGGUUGCCCUGAAGCGUCAGCAGGCGGUGGAGGAUGCGAUUGCCAUGCGGCUGGUGGCCAACAAAACGGGUCGAUCCAUCGAUGCACUGCCGCCAGGCAACAUAUUCGGUCUGACCGUGACGCAGCCCAGUUCACCGCAUUCCAAGCGGGAGACUGACCAGCCGGAGAAGUCUCUUUCGGAGGAGCAGCAGCAACAGCAGCUGAAGCAGAAGGAGGAGGAGUACAGCGAAUCGCCGGCAGUGGCCCAGGACCUCAGUGCUCCUCGACGAGACAAUGUCUCCCAAACGGCCAUAGACAUGCUGGCCCAGCUCUUUCCCCAGCGCAAGCGAUCUGUCCUGGAGUUGGUGCUCAAGCGCUGCGAUCUCGACCUGAUCCGGGCCAUCGAGAAUGUUUCGCCCACUGGCAAGUCCUCGCCAGUGGAUGUCACCAACAACCAGGUGCCCAGCCAGGAGUCGGGCAUGCUGCCCGCGGUGCCACAGACCAGGAGCAGCGCCUUCAGGCCUGUGAUAACAGAUCAGUACCAGAGCAAAUCGGUGGUGGAGCUGAAGCCGCCGGUCUUCGGAAGCAGUGCGUCGGCGGCGGCAGCGGCCAUUUGUGCGUACCCCAAGUGGUUUGUGCCGCUCUCCUUUCCGGUGACCAUGGGCCACCUAUCCAACCUGGCGCCCCGAUGCACCUUGCCCAACUGCGCCUGCCUGGACAGCUACCAGUUCCACUAGGAGCCCACACGUCAAGUA